AUGGUAAUUGAAGUGACCCGGAACGGAACGUAAAGUACCCAAUUUUUCUUUCGUACAUCGUAUGUACUCCCUGUUUCAUUGCGUUUUUCUUGUUUGUAAAUAAUAACCGCUGGAAAUAGUACGUAAUGUGAAAUUACACGCAUUCCUCAGUCGAGUGCUCGUUACGUAAAAGGUAACCAUUGCCGUGCAAUUAGUUAAUUCGCCGUAAAACUCCUAACCUAUCGGUUGAUGUUUUGUUAAGGAGUAGAUGAACUAUGUGAUGUAAAAAUGCCGCCUUUUAGAAGAAAGAAGGCGUCUAAAUCCUUUCCAGUGAAGGUGUGUACAUUGGAUGCCGAAUUGGAAUUCAACCUUGAGUGGCGAGCAACAGGAAGGGAUUUGUUUGACCUAGUCUGCAGGACCAUAGGCCUGCGGGAAACAUGGUUCUUUGGGCUACAGUUCGAGGACACCAAACAUUUCAUAAGCUGGCUCAAAUUAGACAAAAGAGUACAAGACCAAUGUGUCUCCCAAAUGCCGGGCACACCGUUCAUGCUACUCUGCAAGCUUUACCCCGAGGAUGUGGCCGAGGAACUCAUCCAGGAGGUCACACAGCAUCUACUGUUCCUGCAAGUCAAGCAGGCGAUCCUGAGCAUGGAUAUAUACUGCCCACCGGAGGCGUCUGUCCUACUUGCUAGCUAUGCAGUGCAGGCCAAGUAUGGAGACUACGACGAGACAGCCUCUAAGCCCGGUAUGCUGGCCAGCGAAGACCUACUGCCACAGCGGGUCAUUGACCAGUACCAGAUGACCCCUGAAAUGUGGGAGGACCGGAUUAAAAUAUGGUACGCGGACCACAAGGGCAUGUCGCGGGACGAAGCCGAAAUGGAGUACCUGAAAAUAGCACAAGACUUGGACAUGUACGGCGUCAACUAUUUCUCCAUCAAUAACAAGAAAGACACAGACCUCUACCUCGGCGUGACAGCGUUAGGCCUCAACAUAUACGAGAAGGACAACAAGCUGAUGCCAAAAACGACGUUUCCGUGGUCCGAGAUAAAGCAUAUAUCGUUCGACGACAAGAAGUUUAUCAUCAAGUUUGUCGACAAGGCGGCCAAUAAUUUUAUAUUCUUCUCGCCUAAGGGAAUGAAUAAAUUGAUCCUUGAUCUAUGUAUCGGCAACCACGAUCUAUACAUGCGUCGCCGAAAACCGGACACCAUGGAGGUCCAGCAGAUGAAAGCCCAAGCCAAAGAGGAGAAACAGCGCCGACAAAUCGAGCGUAACAAGCUAGCGCGCGAAAAGCAACUACGGGAGGCUGCGGAAAGAGAGCGAGCCGCGAUGGAGCAGAGGCUGCUGCAGUAUCAGGAAGAGAUCCGGUUAGCCAACGAAGCUCUGCGCCGUUCAGAAGAAACUGCAGAGCUAUUAGCGGAAAAGGGACGGGUAGCAGAAGAAGAAGCGUCUCUACUAGCACAGAAGGCAGCAGACGCUGAACGGGAUAACGCCCGCCUCAGGCUAUCUGCUAUACGCACCGAGGAAGAAAAGGUCCACCUAGAACGCAAGACCCGCGAAGCCGAAUUCCUCACAGCGCGUCUAGUCGAAGAGUCAGAAAAACGCGCCGCCGAAGCAGACAGGUUGAAAGCAGAGCUGGUCGCAGCCAGAGUCGCUGAGAAACAGGCUAAGGAUAAGCUGUUAAACUUCCUUAGCAGGGCUGGUGCUGGGUCGCUACCUCCGCCUACUGUUAAUUCAUCAAGCACUGUCCCAUCAAGCCUGUUCCCGUCAACCUGCUCCCUCCCCGCCGAGCUGGGGGAGCCUCCGGUCAACGGGUCCGCGGAGCCCGAGCUCAACUCCUGCCUGCUCGUGCCCGACGACUCCGACGACCCGCACAUACACCGCCUGUCCAGAGAGAUCGAGAAGGAGCGAGUGGAGUAUCUAGCAAAGUCGAAGCACCUGCAACAGCAGCUUGAGUCGCUACGUUGCGAGUUCUCAGUACUACGGGUAGAGCGCGACGCGGCGACGCUUGACAGGAUACACGAAGCGCAAGCAAAGGCGGGCGACACGAAAUACUCCACGCUCCGAAGGUUAAGGCAGGGCUCCACCAACACUCGACUAGCGUUCUAUGAGGAGCUCUAAAUAGCUACACUCUUGGACGAAGGAGUUCAGAGAGGGAGCGAGCAUGAACUGUAGGUGGCACCACAGGUGCCCCCUGUUUAUUGGCGCGAAGUGUAAAUGUCAAGUUUAACGCAUUCAGCGCCAAGAACCCGACUGUCGGGUACACUGUUCGUAGCGACUACACGCUCCAUACGGCAAAGACGUGGCUACGCGCUACGAGCGUAACCCGUAGCACUUAGUGGCAAUUGUCUUAAGCUUCCAAAGUUGCCCACAAGAUGUUAGAACCUACAAUGCACAAGAAAACGUACGUGAAAUGUAGAGGGCAGCACUUGCUUUGAAGUCUAUGUACAGUUUAUGCUUCCGAUUGAGGCCACGAGAUGGCAGACCCUCCAACACGCACGGUCCCUAUACGGAAUCAGUUUGAUCCGGCUUUUCGGACCAGCCAGUAACUGUCACUGAUCAGAAAUGGCGUUUUUACUUUCGGAUUACGUCGAGAAGUGGUGUUGUCAGCGGUGUUGUCUAUUUGUCGGUCGCUGUUUACCAAUGUUGACGCCACUUUUCGCCGAUAGAUGGCGUUGGCAAAUUUUCGCUUCUUGUCUGUUACGCCGAGCGAUGACAUUGUAAAAAUCUUUGUUAGUGUUGGCACGUUACGUCCAAAGAUGGCGUUAGUGUCAGAAAACGUGGUAGAGUUGUGUAAGCCAAAUUACCAUUAUCCUACAAACGUUAUAUAGGGAAUUUAUUAGAAAGAGGAGAUAAGAUAAUUAACGUAGUCGGGUCAUACACAGAUUUUAAAACUAAAUUUGACAAUUUGUCACUCCUGUGGACAACAAUUAACCUCUUGCUCUAGUCUAAGUAAAUAGAAAAGGAGUACCCUUUACGUGGAUAAGGGAUAUGUGGAUAAUAGUGAUCGGUAACAACGUUUUAAUAGGGAAUAUUACGCAAAAACUUUGCGUAGAGGGCGUCACUAGCACAAUCACAGGGCCUACCGCGAAACACGAAAAUCGAAAGUUCGGUUUUUGCCUCUCUACCACUCUUGCCUAUUCGAUCGAUAGAGAGGCACAUAACGAAAUCAAUUUUCACAUUUCGCGGAAGGCCACCUGUAAACAAACCGCCUGACAUUGAUGCAUCAAUCAAUGUCAUAGUGAAAACUUGUCAAAAAACUGUUCAAGGCCUAGUGUGUAUAAGUUACUCUAUGGUUUACUAUGGCACUAGUGCUGCACUCUGGCGGCAGAACUUGCAGUAAUAAUCCCUAUUUCAUGGCAGGAGUUAAAGUAAAGGAAAGUAACAAUUUUGAAGGAGAAGGUCAAUUAAGAUUCAUAUAAAGGUUAUUAACCUUAAUCAAUAUUUUCAGCUGAAUUUUACAUUACAGAUGCCAACUCAACAACGCUGCCAUGAAAUUAAAACGUGUCCACAGGAGAGAUGCUAAUUUCUUUGUAUGAUCCAAUUACACUAUUUUUGAUUAGUGAUUUAGAUGCCUUUUAUAAAAUUAACAAUAUGCCUUAGAUAAUGAAACGUUGUGUGCGUAGCUGUACAAUAUUGGCCAAAAUCAUGCACACAUACGUAUAUAUGACAAUAAAUUUAUGUAUAAUAAUUUUUUAUUGUUGAUCUCCUAUAUAAUCGACAAUGUUGCCAAAUUUUUUGACAUAAUUGACUCAGAAUAUUUUUUGUGCACAAAGUAUUUUUUUAAUUGUCCGCGAUUGUAUAAUAAAUUAAUAACGUUCAUACGCUUUUUAUAAUCAAUUUAACAUAAUAAUUGUAAGUAUCAAUCAAGAUCUGGAUAGUUAGUUUUCCAUUUUUAUAUACUAGACGACGUAGACAAUAUAGACAUUUAAGUUUUUAAUUUGCAAGAGUGGCGUGGGUAUUUAAAUAACUCGAUACCUAGUUAAAAGCCUGACCAGGAAUAUAUGAUCACGCGCCAUGCUGCGGAAUUUCACUGGAACUAUUUUUUUUUUUCAUACUAUACUGAACUGUCACGCUUUACAUUAUUUAGACUCAUUAGAGUAACAGCGCCCUCCUGACAAGUGUGUUAUAAAAAUGGGUAAAAA